AUGAGGCCCAACGCAGCCGUGCUCUUGGUGAUGCUGUGGCUCUGGCCCCUACCGGUCGUUGCCUACUACAUGCAGGUGACUUCCAGCAACCUGAGCGUGGAAGACCCCAUCCUGAGGAGCUACUCUGAAAUUCUGAAGGAGAUGGCCCGGAAGGUACCCACCUCCAGCGUCUCGAGCACGGGGCGAGCCACUACCACCAGCUCUAACUGGGAGAGAGAGGAGCGAGCCAGGAAAACCAAGGAGGGCACCGGGACGGCCUGGCCCUCCCAGCCUCCUAAUGGCAUGAUGUUUCCUGGGAAACCGGGGCGCGAGAGCCCCUCGCAGUACUCCCGGAAGGCCAAGCACGGAAGGAUUCUACACUCUGGGAAAUCCAGUAACCAAAAAAAGUUGCAGCAGGAUUCAAGCAUGAAGAAGGCCAUAGCCUUAGCUCUGGACCUACUCAUGAAGCUGGCUUUGGAACCUACCCAAGAAAGCUCUGAGGAAGAUCUGGAGAAGCCGACUUUCCAGACCCCUGUGAACGCGGAUUCUCCGGCGGGCCCCGGACACUCUGGCCAACCUAGUGGGCAAGAGUCUCUGGACUUGGCUUUGAAAUUGCUCGAGGAAGCUUACGAAGGAGUGAAACAAACUACGCCGGGGGAAAGGGCUUCACCAGGGCAAAUGCCUCUCAUGACUACACUUGCCCAAAACUACCCAGAGGCCCAGGUGGACGAUUUAGAACGGAGAAUCUCCCAGCUCUCAGCCGAAGCCAAAGACCAAGAGCACAUGAAGCAAAUACUGCGAAGUCAAAUUCUGAAAAAAAUCUCGGAGAUUAAACGAACACUGAAAAAAGUAAGACCCUACCCCAGAGCUAAAGGUGGUGCUAAAGGCCUCUCCGUGGCAAAAAGAAAGAAAACAGCCAGGAACAGGCAUAAACCGCACAAGUCGCCAAAGGAAAAGAAUAACAGGGAUGAAAGCAUGCGAAUAUUUAUUAAUUUCUUAUAUGAUUUCAAGCCAAAGCUGAACACAUUCUUAAAUAUGAAUAAUGUUCCAUCUGGUCUUCAAGGAAAAGCUGCCAUCAUAUUCAGCAUGAUGAGCACCAUACUUUGUCAGUAUCAGCCAGAGCAGGCAAACGUGAAGGACUUAUUGGAGUAUAAUAUAAGAGUGCUAAACAUGCUUAAUAUUACAGCUAAUUAA